AUGGUGUACAACUCGUUGACUGAUGCUCCUCGCAACCUCAAGGAGGCCAUUGAUUGGCUGUUAGCCCUUAAGGGAACAGAAGCCGAAAACAACUUUAACGCUAUGGCUUCCGCGGUAUACGAUUUUCUUGCAGACAAGCCCGUUGGCAGGAUUAAGGUGCGAGCUCUAGAGAAAGUAAAGUCCAUUUCUCACAAAUUCAUGGGACAAAAGGCGCUUAAGGAACACUCAUUCGUAAAAAUAAUGCUGAGAAGAUUCGAAAGCGAAAUGAGUACGAAAUUCAGCUUAUUCCAUAGACACUUUGGAAGUCUCGCCCAAAGCGAUUGUGAGAACGUCAUAGAAGCUACAGGUGUGAAACCUGAAGACAUCGCAGUGGAGUUGGCAAAAGCUGUGGAUGGUUGUGAGAAGUUCUUGGAUGAUGUGAAAAUUCCUGGACAGUACAGCUCUGCUUACAGUUCAAGAGCUACGUGGGAUUCAUCGUGCUCGAGGAAGCCAGAAGCUUGCGCAGUGGUUCUCGUGGGAAUCGCACCGAUGCUAUACGCAGGUCUACGGUCCCUGAAAGAGGCCAGUGCGGACGUUGUGAACCGUCAAUGGUUAGUUAGUUAUGCGGAAAUGCAUCUCAAGGAUGUGCUGAAAGCUGUUGGGUACAAAACGCAGGAAUAUCGCGCUAGCAUGAGUGGAGCGGAUAUAUCUACGGCGUUAAAUAGUGUGAAAUACGAUAUGUUGAGUUCAAUAUACGACCUCGCUGGAUUUUGGGCCUUCUAUGGAUUUGAUAAAAUUGGAGAUCUAAAAGUUGAACAACCCAAAGACCCUAAAGCUGAUCCAUCCGUUGAAGGUGAAGGCAAACAGCCUGUUAUCCCUGAAGCCGAACCAUCCGUUUACGGCGAGGGCGAGCAGUCUGUUAUUCCCGAGGCUGAACCAUCCUUUGAAGGUGAGGGCGAACAGUCUGUCAUCCCCGAGGCCGAACCAUCCGUCGAGCCUGUGCAACCCGAAGUAGAUGACGUUGAACAACCUGUGAAGGUUGCCAAGGCUGCUAAAGUGGCAAGGUCUGUAAAGGCUGCGAAAAAAGCUGCCAAGAAGGUUUCCAGAAAAGCUCGCCAAAAGAAAGAGAAGAAGCAGCAGGAAUCCGCUGAACACUGA